ACUUUCCUUAGCUUUUAGGGUUCAUUGAAAAACCUGGCUACCUAAUAAACCAGGUUUUUCUUUCACAUAUACAUAUAUAGAACUCUUGUUAAAUUCUCCACUACAAUGGCUUCCUUUUAUAGCAUUAUUAUUUCGGCGGUGUUACUGUUUUCGGCAACAUUGCUUAUUUCUACUACACGAGUUGAGGGCAGAGCAUUUUUCGUGUUCGGGGAUUCGUUGGUUGAUAGCGGAAAUAAUAAUUAUUUAGCCACGACUGCUCGUGCGGACGCACCGCCUUACGGGAUCGACAGUCCGUCCCAUAGGGCUUCCGGCCGGUUCUCUAACGGCCUUAAUAUACCCGAUCUUAUCAGUCAGAGCAUUGGUGCUAGUGAACCACCAUUGCCAUACUUGAGUCCGGCACUUUAUGGGUCAAGACUAUUGGUCGGAGCCAACUUUGCUUCCGCUGGUGUUGGAAUUCUUAAUGACACUGGAGUUCAAUUUGUGAACAUAAUAAGAAUAGGGCAACAAUUGCAAUAUUUCCAACAAUAUCAGCAAAGGAUAAGUGGUUUGAUAGGUCCUGGAGAGACACAAAGGCUGGUAAAUCAAGCUUUGGUUCUCAUUACUUUGGGAGGAAAUGAUUUCGUUAACAACUAUUAUUUGGUGCCCUUCUCCGCGAGAUCUCGUCAAUUCGCUCUUCCCGAUUACGUCCCUUAUCUCAUCUCCGAAUACCAAAAAAUAUUGCUGAGGCUAUAUGAAUUGGGGGCAAGAAGAGUACUAGUGACAGGAACGGGUCCACUGGGUUGUGUGCCAGCUGAGUUGGCCCAACGAGGCAGAAAUGGGCAAUGUGCACCUGACCUCCAACAGGCUUCUGCACUUUUCAACCCCCAGCUGACUCAGAUGAUACUCGGUCUCAAUGCGCAACUCGGUGACAAUGUCUUUAUUGCCGCCAACACUCAACUCACUCACUACAACUUCAUCUCCAACCCUCAAGAUUUUGGAUUCGUGACGUCGAAGGUGGCAUGUUGCGGACAAGGACCGUACAACGGGCUCGGGCUUUGCACGGCACUAUCGAAUUUGUGCCCGAACAGAGACAUAUACGCAUUUUGGGAUGCGUUCCAUCCUUCCGAAAGGGCUAACAGACUCAUCGUUUCGCAAAUCUUUACCGGCUCCGUCGAGUAUAUGAACCCGAUGAAUCUCAGCACCAUUAUGGCCUUGGAUUCAAGAACAUGAUCGUACGUACGUAUACGUUUCUACGUAAUUGCGUACUUCAUCUAUAUAUUUUAUGUGUGUUUUAAUAUUGUAUACUUAAUUAUUAUUUGUUUUAAUUAAGACAAUAACACGCUGUUAUUGAGAGUUGCUAGGAUAUUAUUACAUUUGUUUGAGGAUUUUCUGAAAUAUUGUUUUUUGUAAGUUGUAACGAUAUCACAUCUAAGUUGUGAUUUUUAGUUAGAUGUGUGUGUUGUUUUCACCUCUUUCUAUUCAACUGUAUUGUCCAAGAAUUUUGGAAUUUAAAUAUUUUGAAACCA